AUGGCUUAUCUUGAGACCAAGAAUUAUCUUAGUAGCAUUGCUUUCCUUGUCAUCGUUCCAUGCCUAUUUUCUACAAUGGAUGCUAAUGCAGUUUGGUUAAAUCAUGGAGCUGAUAUAAGCAAUACAAGAAGCGCAAGCGGAGAGGUGCUGAUCAACCGAUUGACAGUUAAAAAUUUGCAUUUAAAAUGGGCAUUCUUUGCUGGUAAAGACAUAUCUGCGACUCCAGCAAUAGCCAAAGGAGUAGUAUAUUUCCCAUCUUGGAAUGGAUAUUUGUAUGCAGUUAAUGCAUUCAAUGGUGCUUUAAUAUGGAAGCAAAACCUCAGCCAGUUAACUGGACUAAAUGGCACUGGAAUCACCGUGAACGUAACCGUGUCUAGAUCAACUCCAACAAUAGCCGAUGAUCUCUUGUUGAUUGGGAUUUAUGGGCCUGCUGUAGUGAUUGCUGUCACACGGGCAAGCGGGAACCUCGUGUGGUCUACUCGACUAGAUUCACGAACUAGAGCAGUGAUUACACAAUCUGGAACAUUUUACGAAGGAGCAUUCUAUGUUGGAGUUUCGUCGCUUGAAGUAGGUUUACCGGCUAAUCAGUGCUGCACUUUUCGAGGUAGCAUGGCAAAGCUAGAUGUCCGGACAGGUGCUAUCUUAUGGCAAACCUAUACGCUACCCGAUAACAAAGGCAAAUUGGGAGGCUACGCAGGAGCUGCCAUUUGGGGAAGCAGCCCCGCUAUUGAUGUAACUAGGAGGCUGGUUUACGUAGGAACUGGGAACCUCUACACAGCUCCCCUAGAGGUGACCCGGUGCCAAGAAGCACAAAAUAACCAGACAACAAAACCAACGCAACCAGAUCAGUGCAUCGGGCCAGACAUCCACUUCGACUCAAUUUUGGCUAUCAAUAUUGAUAGUGGGAUGAUCAAAUGGUCAAAGCAACUGGGUGGCUAUGAUAUUUUUUAUUUUGCAUGUUUGGUUCCAAACAACCCUGAUUGUCCACCAGGACCUAACUUGGAUGCAGAUUUUGGAGAGGCUCCUAUGUUAGUUACCAUAAUUGCUAACCGAACACGACGUGACGUUGCAGUGGCUGUACAAAAGAGUGGCUUUGCCUGGGCUCUAGAUCGAGACAGUGGAUCGAUAGUCUGGUCCAAACUGGCCGGACCAGGUGGCUUGGAGGGAGGAGGGAUAUGGGGGGCAGCUACAGAUGGGAGGACAGUGUAUACGAACAUUGCCAACAGCAACCGAGAGAGGUUCACACUUGCCCCGUCUAAUGGAACAACAACAGCAGGAGCAUGGGUAGCAUUGGCUGCAAAUUCAGGCCAAAUAUUGUGGUCCACAGCAAACCCCAGCAACGAAGCUGCUCAGGGACCUGUAACAAUAGUCAAUGAUGUACUUUUCGCUGGAUCGGUGGCUUCUUAUGGCCCUAUAUAUGCGAUGGAUGCCAAAACAGGCAAUAUUCUCUGGUCAUACAAUACGAGCGCGACUGUAUACGGCGGUGUAUCAGCAAGUUAUGGGUGCAUUUAUCUCGGGAAUGGUUAUACGGUCGGCACGGCAAGGUUAUUCCAUCCAACUUGGACUGGUGGAACUUCACUCUAUGCUUUCUGCAUUGCCUAA